ACAAACGCUCCGAUACGCGCCAUACAGUGACGGCCGAGCUUCAGCAAACCAAAUUGAAAAGCGGGAAGCCAAAUCACCAUAGAUAUGUCCAGCAGCCGCCAAAAGUAAGGCUGUGAAAGAAGUUGACCUGCCACGCCUUGCGCGGAUGCCAUGCCGCUGCGCCUGCCACGCCGCUGCACAUGGCGACAGGAAGAUUCCCGUUGCAAGGACAUGGGGGUUGAGAUCUCAGCGGCACCUGGGAGGUGGCUGCCCAAGCACCGAACCCCCGGGCCUCGCCCCCGGACGCUCCCCAUCCAGUCUCCUCGCCGCACCUCCCUCGGCUCGGGGGCGGAGGCGACCCUCAUCUGGGAGGAGAGAGCAGGAGCGGAGCGGGAGGAGCAGCGCGAGGAGGAGCACGAGCAGGUCCCGUCAAGUACUGCCCCUGCUGAGGUAACGCCGGAAACUAUCCGCGCGCAGUCUUAUGCGGGCCUGCAUUGGCUUGGCGGGCAGAUCGUGCGCAAGCGAGACAGGUCGUGCCUACCGGCACACGUCAAACUUCAAGACGCGGCGCCGACACGCUGGCAGUGCUGAUCUGGUGACCAUGUAUCAUCCGAAUCAAUGUUCGGAAUGACCGGGAUAUCCCCGUGGCUGGUUUAAGAAAUACUGUGCGGAACCUCUUUGCCGUGCGCCACUUUCAUGCGAAGAGGCGAGGAGGAGGAAGAGGAGGACGGAGGAGAAAGAGGGAGGGAGGAGGCGAAAGGCAGGAGGGCAGGACAGGGAGGAGCAGGGAUGAGGAGGAGGAGGAGGAGGAAAAAGAGAGGAUAUGAUGCUGUCGCGCUGGUGGGCUGCCCUGGGCCUGCGUCACGCUCAAUACGUGAUGUUUUUCGCCACCCUUCGGUUAUAGCUAUGACCGUCAACGCUCGGGUCGUAGAAAGGCUGAUCGUUAGACCAAAUGUCGUCCGAGUCUACUUUCGGCAUGACUGAGAUGUCGUCGUGGCUUUCUUCCGAGAUUUCGUGCGAGAUGUCUUCGCCAUGGACCAUGUUGGAGAUCGGUGAGUAAUCACUGUGUGAAAUGGACCAGGUCUUAUUUUCGAAUCCUGCCAUGGUCUGAAAAACAAUGAGGGAGGUGCAGGUGGACACGGCCAUGACGCCUGCGCCGAACGCAAUGGCUGCAUCCUGGAAGGCCACGCCGGUCGUCAGAGUCGACAGCAGCUCGGAUCGGUACUCAGCCCCCGCAAAGCCGUACCUCAUCAACUGGCCGACCUGGUUACCAACGUAUAUGUCGCCCAUCGAAUCCACCACUGGCAUGGACCAACUGUUCGGCGAGCACUUCUCGCGGCCGCCCAUGGCCCGGCGAACGUCGGCACCCUCCUUGUCGCCGGCACAGAAGUCGGUCCAGAGCGUUGGGCCGUCGUUCUUCCACCGGAUGU